AAAUAAGAAGACACAGAGUCACCUGUCUUAAUAACGCACGCGGCCACAGCCCUAGUGGAAAGAUUUAUUUCUUUUUGUUGCACCAUGCUUACAAACUCCCGGCGGCGGACACAGCACAACGCAACUCCAAACAACUGCUGACAUUAAACAAUAGAAUUUCGGUCACGAAUCAGGGAGAACUACCUGUCGUCCCGACUCCAGCAAUCCAAACUGAGCUUCCGUGUAGAGCAGCUGGAGAGAGACGAAAAAACUAAUCGGAGCUUCGCAGUUUCGAGGCCCUGGAGAAAAGUAAUACAUGUAAACAUUUAAGUGUAACAAUUGUUUGUGACAAUGGCAUUUAAUUCAGGUGCAUUUACUCAAAGGAGCAUCCCAGUUGAGACUGAUGAGGCAUUUUCUGACGUUUAUGCAAGAUACAAAGAGGAAAAUAAGAUAACAGUAGCCAAUCAAAACCAGAAAGUAAGCACUGGACUAAAUGCUACUCAAAGAGAACUUUGUAGAUAUAACGGGCCAGACACACUGGAUGAGAAAUAUCAAAUUGCACAGAAACCACUUCUCUUUAACAUUGUAUGUAGUCAGGAACAAGCAUCUUGGAAUGCCACUGGUAAUCGCAAGUCUUCCUCACAACCACAUUCCCUGGAUCAAGUUCAGCUUUCAACUGGAGCAAAUUGUCCCGAGCAGUAUGUUGCUGCAUCUUUUACUGGCUAUACUUCUGCAGGUAAAUUUAUUUCUCAGCAAAUGGCAGAAAAUUCUCUUGUUGGUUCUGCUUUGUACCAGCCUCCAAGCAAUAGACCUCCUCUGGAACUGCCAAGUAAAGAUACAGGAUAUGGCUCCCAAGCUCAACAAGGCGAGAGUAGUCCCCAGCUGGAUCCUCCAUUGCCCUUGAUGUCAUUCGCCAGUUGUCAAAAUGAUGUUCAUUGCCAUAACCCUCCCAAUGGCCCAUUGGACUUUGGAUUUAAUAAAGGCUCCAUUCCAUUCUGUCAUUGUGGAGUCUUCAGACAAAAUCGCUUCAACCCUUGCCUCUUGUGUGAAGAAGAGAAAAGAAAUCGGUGUAACAUGCAUCAUGUAAAAGAGCAGGGCAUCAACAUAGCAAAUAUGGCUGACCGCUUACCUGCUAGAUAUAAUGACCAGCGCAUUCAGCAUACCAUUCAUGACGAGAAUAUUCAUGUUCCUUCUAACCACAAUGAAAGAUUCCAUGCUCCUGCAGUCAUGUCCCAGGUUAGAUUCAUGUCAUCUCCUCACCGUCCAUGGGGCGGCCAACAAGAAAACCAAGGCACUCUAAAGACAAUUAACCUGCCAGAGGAAUGCAGAAAGGUUUUUGUAACCUAUUCUGUCGAUACAAUUCAUGAAAUCAAAACUUUUGUGAAUUUUCUCAGAGUUAAUGGCUUUCAGACAGCAAUUGACAUGUUUGAAGUUGCUGUGAGAGGCAUUGACAUCAUCAAAUGGACAGAUGGUUACCUAAAAGAUAGUUCAGUGGUGAUUAUUGUGGCAGUCAGCCCAAAAUAUAAACAGGACACAGAAGACACAGACCCAGUGACGUUUUCAGAUGAACAUGGAUUGCACACUAGAUAUAUUCACAAAAUGAUGCAGAUAGAGUUUAUACAGCAAGGAAGCAUGAAUUUCAGAUUUGUACCAGUGCUUUUCCCAAAUGCAACUAAAGAGCAUGUCCCUGGUUGGCUUCAGAACACACAUAUCUACAGGUGGCCCAGGGAUGAGAAAAAACUUCUUCUCAGACUACUGAGAGAAGAGGAAUACAUAGCUCCUCCUGUUGGGAAACUGCCUACUCUUCAGAUUAUACCACUUUGAUCUGGCAGAGUUCAGCAGUAAUAGUUUACCAAUUUAAACAUUUCUCAGGAUUAUUUAUCUGAGAUUAAAUAAAUACUAUGAGGCACUUCUCUACAUUCUCAUUUGGCCUAUCCUAAGGAGGGACAGUGUGGCAACUUGCAGAGCUCUGUAGAGUAGGCUACCCUAUCGUUAGCAACUUCUUCCAACCCUUUCUGAAGCUCUAAGGCCAGUCAACAGAUAUAAUUCAUCUAGUGUAUUAUUUUCUCAGUGGGCCAUUUUUUUGUAUACCUACUGAAAGCAAGGUGAUCAGUAGGCGUCCUAACCAAUUAUCCAAAAUAUCUCAAUGGUUCCUCUCACUCCAGCAAAGCAGUAUUUCUACUUUGAAGUUUUCAUAGCUCAGUCAGGUUUACUUCAAAAAAGCUAUAUAGAAUUUCUAUGUGGACUCACCACCUACUGUAGAAGGUGAAGGAUGCAUGUUGAGAGCAAUGUUAAUUGGACAACAGACAAGAGUGUGAUAGAUUCAGAACUUAUUAUAGGAAAAUAAACUAUAAUAAUGGAAACACCAACAACAAGCCAAACUAUAGGUGGUUAAAUUACUACACAGCAAUAUUAGUGUGAAUAUGAUAUGGAAUGGUGUUAGGGGCAUCUAGAAUUCUCCAGGCACUAUCAGUCUACUGUAGAUGGUUGAGUUUUACACAGUUAAUAAUGAGACAGUACCAGAAAUUAUAUUUAUCUCAUCUUAUGUAAACUGGAAGAAAAUAGAAGAUUGGUAAAUAGUUUUUUUUUUUUGACUGCAGCUAGGUAUAGAAAUAAAGUGAAGAAUGGUUAAUCAUGCCAUGUUACGUUCUUUCACCACUGAGGCAUAUAAAAAUAACAAUAAAUUUUUUUCAUAUAGCACCUUUCCCAUUCUCAAUCUAAAUGCACUUCUUGCACAAGUGCAAAAACGGAUGAUUGUGUUUCCCGCAUAGCAUCUUGCCUAUAGAAUGGAACACUGUAAAUUUUCAAGUAGCUGUUCUUUUCUCACAUUUGGGACAGUUUUUAAGGUACAAACAUCUAGCAGCUGUUGGUGUUCUGUUCCUAUUCCUCAUGCCUUUACAUAUAAAUAACACCAUUUACAUGUAUGUUGUUUACUUAAUACAUUCUUAGUUGUUUCCAGUUUUUCUGUUCUCUAAUGUGUACAUUGCCACUUAAAUUGUUCUAAAUAAAUAUAUAUAUAUACAUAUUAAUCUAUCUGACCUAAUUACUAUAAUCAACAUUACUAUUUAAUUCCUUCCUCCAAAAAAUAGCUGUAUCUCUUAAUCAAAAUGUUCAUCUUUGCAUGAAAACAGUCUCUGUUAUGUACUAAUAAAAUAAAAUGGAUGCUUUUUGGUAAAAGGUUUUCAUCCCAGAGAUUAAGUUUUUUAAAAUUUAAAUUAAUGAUGCUACUGUUGUAUGUCUUUUCCUGCUCUUGUCUGUCUUUGUUAUCAAGUGGAAAUGUCAAUGUCAAUUUUGUGCUUAGGGAUGAAAAAUGACAAGCAUAGUGUAUUGAGGAAAAUAUUUUAUUCAUUCAGAUAGAAGUAAUGCUGCAUAUACAAGAGAUUUUUAAUGACCAUGAUCCUAACUAUCACAUCUCUUUUGAAUUUUGAAAUUAAGAAAAUGGCAUUUUUUGUUUUGAUUUGAAUGGCAGCAGAUCUUUUAAGGGAAAACAUCAAUGACUAGUCAGCCAUAGUAGGAUUUUAUAUACCUAACUGGCAAACAAUAUGUAACCAAAACAAAAAUUCAAAUUGAACCUAAAAGCCGUAAGCAGGCAAAAAGUCAAAAUCAAAACCUAAAACCAAAUAAAAAAAAAGAACCUGCUUGAGAAACAAGUUUUCUGUCCCAGAGUCUUUCCAUUUAGAAGUAAGGUGUAGAUGCUUUCUGAGCACACAAUGCCCAUGGGACCACAUCCCAUACUGUCACAUGCAUGUGUGCAGAGAGGCCAUGCCUCAUAGUGACACAUGCUGUUAUAGCAACUCAUUUCAAAAUGGCUACUCAUGAUGAAAUCAAAUGUAGAAACAGUAGAUAAAGAAAUGGUGGGAAAAAAUAAACAAGAAUCAAAGAUUUUUAGUGAAACAUGAUAGAUGCGAAUCUCAAAAUAUGAUAAUAUUCUUUGCAGUGUGAUGUGAGGCCAUGGCCAUUACCUGGCUGAGAUGCCAACUGCAUGGAAGGACCGGGGCAGAGAGUAUUGGCAGGGAAUACCUUCCCUGGGACGCUAGAGGGCAGCUCUCCUGGGUGGCUGUGGCACCAUGGAUUCCCGCAGGGUGUGCUGGGACUUGGAGUUUGGCACAGCUCUGUUGGGUUCCAUGGGGGCCUCCAGGGGGAAUGGCAGGGCCCUACUUUGGCCUCUCAUCACACCUGGGGAUGAUUCUCGGUCCAGUUAAUGAGCCACCUUGGACACUCCCGGGGCUAUCAUAAAAGGAGCUGCCUCACUCCAUUUGGGGAGCCAGAGUUGGGAGAAAGAAGACAAAGCUUGUCAGGAGGAGCAGAAUGGAGAGAAAGAGAAGAAGAAAUGUUUGUGUGCCAAACUGUAUUUAGUGCUUGUGAUUGUGCUGUACCAGUGGGAAACAGGUGAAGGUGUUUCCCACGGAAAGAAAAAGAAAAAUAAAUACUGUGUGUGCUUGCACUUGUGUUUAAUGUCUGUCUGUGUUGGGUUGUGGCUGCAGGUGUG